CGAACAUGAAGAACAAAAAUCAGUAGAGAUGAGAGACAGCGCAUCGGAAAGUAGCUAUGAGCCCUCUGAUAGCGAAGAAAUCGAGCGCCCCAAUCGCUGGACUGGUCCCCCCUCAACAUGGCAAUCCCUUACAGCCCAAGAACGCGGUCUUGCUGCGUCUUUGAUUGAGCUACGGAACAGGGAUCUGAGUCUUCACCUAUAUAAUGCAUUUGCUCUCAAAAGGCGAGCUCGUAAGUACCGAGCUGAUGACGUGGAGGACGUUGAAGGGAAUGGAUGGUCCCCACCGAAGGUUUGGACGGCCUGGCCUCUGCCUCCGGAUUUGGUGCCUAGGACAGAUGAGCACGUGGGCCCGGAAGAUGAAGACGAGGCAUUCACUUUCAAGCGAAGAGAAAGGGAACGGCCGAGUAGGGAGUUGGAAGAUGUGUUGGUGGGAUCUGCGUUGAAAAUUGCAAAAGAGAAAUGGGAGGCAAGGGAUUGGGCAGAGAAAUCUGGAAUGAAAGCGAGAACAGAAGAAGCUCACGAUUCGCCCCAUGAAGAGGAACCGAAUGGCCCCAUCGUUGGAGGCGCAAAUGAAGAUUCUAUCAUCAAGGAACCUUCUCAGCCUCCUCCAGAAACAACAAUCAUGAGAGCAGUUCUUUCAGCAGAUGACCAGCGCUCCAGAGAUCUUCUCCGACCUUCAAUCCGCCACACCCUCACAAAACUUGAUGCCGUCCUCAUGGCUCUCCAUCACGCGCGCAAGAUCUGUCAUCAUUAUGGUUCGGGCUCCGAAGCCAAUACCGAUGAUGAUGAUCGCACACCCAGCGUUGCUCCAGACUCAUUGACGCCAACGAAGAGAUCCAGAGGUAGGCCCCGAAAAUUCGAAAACUUGGCCUCACGCCCAAAGUCAAGCGCCGUUCAAACCUCUGAAGAUGUCGAUGUUGAGCUUUGGCGACCCAAGACCUCGAAUCGUGGACGGCCACGGAAGAAGUACGAACGUCUGGAUGGGGAGACGCAAGAGGAGUACUUGAUACGCGUUGCUAGAAUUCAGAAGAAGCCUCUCCCAGUUUUCGCACCACCUCGCGUUACGGAAACUCCAGAAUUACCUCCGGAGAGACAGAGAAGAGUGCCAUCCAGGGGAAGGAGACUUGGUGUCAGGGAUUGGAGUGAGGUAUUAGGUUCUGCUGCUCUAGUUGGAUUUCCGCCGGACGUCAUAGCUCGAGCAACUCAGAGAUGCGCAGAUAUGUUUGGUGAGGGGAUGACGAUGCUGAAGUUGUUGGAGACUCCGCCCGAGUCAACGGAAGCUGAUCUCUUGACAAUAUAUCAACCAGAGGAGAUAUCUGAUCUUCGUGACGAGUCUGAGGAAACUUCAGAUAGCGGUGACGGCGAGGAGAGAUUUAACAGGAGGCAUGCUAUUCGGAAGCCCAAGAAAUACCGCCCAGGGCUAUACGCUUGCCUCUGCCCAAUCGAAGGUUGUCCGAGACAGGCUCGAGGAUUCAACCAUAUUUCUAACCUCAUGGGGCAUCUUAGGAAGGCUCAUGACUUAAAGGAAGGCGACAUUGAUGAUUUGUUGGAUAAUGACGAGGAGAUGCAUGGAGCUGUACAUGUCGAUGGGUUCUUGAAGCCAAUGAGGAAUCCGAGAGGUGUAAGGGGGGUGGACAAAGGCUCCAGAAAGAAGGGAAGAUGGAUUAAGAAUAACGCUGAGGAGGAUGAAAAGACUGAGAUCGUGGAAUCCGAAGAGGGCGGGAGAGAUCAAGACAUAUCAUCGGAGUCUACUUGAAUGUAGGAACUUGAUUACCCUGACAAGCAUGAUGAAUGAACCCUGACUAGUGUGCUGAUUGGGCGAC